GAAGCGCCCGCGGAUGUCCCGCGACCAUGGACCGGCCAGGUGAGCCGGAGACGCGCUGAAGGAACCCCGCCUGGGCUGGGGAGAGAUGCGGAUCCACUCGCGCCUUCUCCCCGCCGCGGUGCUCCUCCUCCUCCUCCUCCUCCUCGCACCUGCCUCGGAGGGCUGCGGGCCGGGGAGGGGGUACGGCAAGAGGCGGCUCCCCAAGAAGCUCAUCCCGCUGGCCCUGAAGCAGUUCAGCCCCAACGUGGCCGAGAAGACCCUGGGGGCCAGCGGGCGGCCGGAGGGCAAAAUUACGCGCAGCUCGGAGCGCUUCAAGGAGCUGACGCCCAACUACAACACGGACAUCAUCUUCAAGGACGAGGAGGACACAGGUGCGGACAGGCUCAUGACGCAGCGAUGCAAAGACAAGCUGAACUCCCUGGCCAUCUCCGUGAUGAACAUGUGGCCCGGCGUCAAGCUGAGAGUGACCGAGGGCUGGGACGAGGACGGCCAUCACUCGGAGGACUCGCUGCACUACGAGGGACGUGCUGUGGACAUCACCACCUCAGACAGAGACAGAAACAAGUACGCCAUGUUGGCUCGGCUUGCUGUGGAGGCGGGAUUCGAUUGGGUCCACUACGAGUCCAAGGCGCAUGUCCAUUGCAGCGUCAAGUCAGAGCAUUCCGUUGCAGCCAAAACGGGAGGUUGUUUCCCUGCCGACGCUGAAGUCACCCUUGAAGGCGGCGUCACUAAACAGAUGCGUGACCUACGACCCGGCGAGCGGGUUCUGGCGUCCUCCACUUCUGACGGUCGCCACCGCCUUCUCUACAGUCCAGUCUUAUCGUUUCUGGAUCUCCAGCCUAACGUCACGAAGAUCUUCACCAUCAUCGGAAGCAGCACUGGACGUAAUAUCACGCUGACGUCGGCACACCUCAUCUUCAUCACAGACUGUUUGGGCGGACCAAACAGGGACGGUCCGAGGACAACUUUUGCCAGCGAGGUCCGGCCGGGUCAAUGCAUACUAACCUCGCAAGGAACCGAGGCAACACGCGCUGUUGUGACUUUUGUAGAGGAGAGGCCGAGCACUGGCUUGUACGCCCCACUCACCCAGCACGGCUCCGUCGUGGUGAACAGCGUUCUAGCAUCGUGCUAUGCAGCUGUGGACAACCACCAUUUGGCCCAUUGGGUUCUUGCCCCGCUUCGUUUCUUCUACACCCUGAUGGGUCCAGCAGAACAACAAACCGAUGGAGUGCACUGGUACCCUUGGCUUCUGCAACGGGUCGGGGGAAUGCUACUGGACCCCAAACACUUCCACCCCUUAGGAAUUGAGCAAGGACUCUGA